UCUAUUUACGUAACUACUUAAUAUGUUACUCGAACUGUGACUUGCACCUGCGUCCCUGAGCGAUCUGUGUCCCACUAGCAAUCGAUUGUAGUUGGACGGCAGUUUAUUCACCGACCAAUAUUGUUGUUGUUUGAUAUUAUGGUUUUCCAAAUAGCGGUCGAUUACACGCCAUGUUCAUUUCAGAGUUUUGAGCACAAAGGGUGGGCAGAUUCUUAUUGGGAGUUGGGCGCUUAGUUGCUGUUGAAGCAUAGGUUUUAGUCGGGUCUCAGUUUCAAAUAUUAUAUUUAUUGGUUUUCAUGUUGAAAACCAUACCACGCCAGUUGGAUUCCAUGUUAAAAUUCAUACUUCACUAGUUAGAAACAAAAACAUACUACUUUCCAUUUCAACAGACUAAGGACUUUCUAUAGAAUUGGUUCAUGCAUGUUCUAAAGAAAUAUUACUGUCAACUGUCUGUACUUAAGGAUCUCAUUGAUGACGUUAGAUAUUAGCAAUGCCGAAAAAAAAUCAACGUGGUUGUUACAUAGCACAGCUGGCGCGUGUAGUGGAGCUUUUACACGUUUGGUCUGUCAACCAUUUGAUGUUCUCAAAAUACGAUUUCAGUUGCAAGUUGAGCCAUUAUCGAGAAAUUCAAACAACUCCAAGUACAAAUCUAUUUACCAAUCAAUUAAUCUUAUAUACAAAGAAGAAGGUUUUAAGGCAUUAUGGAAAGGUCUUUUACCGGGACAAUUUUUAUCAACUACCUACGGAUUAACACAAUUUCUAGUCUUUCAAAAAACUCUGGCAUUACUAUCAAUAACUGAGAAAGAAUUAAAUCAGACUUCAAGUGUUCAUUUUCUAUGUGGCGUUUCGUCUGCCACUGCUGCUACUUUGGUGUCAUAUCCAUUUGAUGUUGUGCGCACUCGUCUAGUAGCUCAAAAAUCUAAUCAAAUCUAUGCAAAUAUGAGAAGUGUGGCCAUAUCCAUGCAUCGGACUGAAGGUGUAUCUGCAUACUACAGAGGGUUUUUUCCUACCAUACUGCAAAAUGCUUUGCAAGGCGGAUUCCUGUUCAUGUUUUAUAAUACAUUUUCUAAGUUUUCCUCUGCGAAUACUAGUACUAAUACAACAAUUCAUGACGACCAUAUGAACAGUAUUAAACAAUUUAGUUCUGGAUUCAUGGCGGGGGUAGCAGCAAAAACAAUUGUAUACCCACUAGAUGUAGCGAAAAAAAGGCUACAAUUACAAGAUUUUAUUCACUCUAGAGAUGGUUUUGGCAAGAAAUUUAUGUGCAAAGGAUUAUUGGACUGUAUUUAUGUGACACUUCGAGAAGAAUCUAUUAGUGGUCUAUUUAAAGGACUGUCUCCAUCAUUGAUCAAAGCUGGGUUCACAACUGCGUUACACCUAACCCUUUACGAGCAAACCUUAGAGUUACUUCAACCUUUAGUCAAUAAUUAUUAGUUAUAAUAGCUAUAAACCAAUUUGAUUACCAUUUAUUUUAGAAAUGUAGUUAGGAAAUAUAUUACCAAAUAAUGUACAAUUUUUCUUAACAUU